AUGCCAUCUUUGUAUAAUGGAUUGAGAACUAAAUGUAAAGUCCAAGCAUCUGUGGUAACCAGUACUGAGAGCAUAAGAGAUGAAAAAGAUAUAGUUAAGGGAGGCUCCACCCAAAAGUCUAAACAUGUCGCAUGGCAAAGUGUGGCAAGAGAGAGCUGGGAGGGUGAACUUGCAGUGGAUGGAUACAUUCCAAAAUGGCUGAAUGGUACCUACCUGAGAAAUGGACCAGGAAAGUUUCACGUAGGUGACUACAAUUUCAGGCACCUUUUCGACGGAUAUUCUACUCUGGUUCGUCUUCACUUUGAGAAUGGGAGAUUAAUUGCAGGACAUGCACAGUUAGAAUCUGAGGCUUACAAGGCUGCUAAAAAUAACAACAAAAUCUGUUAUCGUGAAUUCUCUGAAGUUCCAAAGGCAGAAAACUUCUUUGAAUAUGUUGGGGACCUUGCAGGACUCUUCUCUGGUGCUUCAUUAACAGACAAUGCCAACACAGGAGUCAUAAGAUUAGGUGAUGGGAGAGUUGUUUGCUUGACUGAAACAAUGAAAGGAUCUAUUCAAAUCAAUCCUACAACUUUGGAAACCAUGGGCAAGUUUGAAUACACAGACAAACUGGGAGGGUUGAUCCGUUCAGCACAUCCUAUGGUGUUCGAUACAGAAUUCAUUACAUUACUCCCAGAUCUCAUCAAGCCUGGUUAUGAUGUGGUCCGGAUGCUACCUGGAACGAAGGAGAGAACUUUGAUUGGAAGAGCUGCAUUGCCAGCGGAGGAGCACGGCAAAGGGAUGGAUAUGUGCAGUGUAAAUCCAAAAUACAUAGGGAAGCCAUAUCGCUAUGCAUAUGCCUGUGGAGCAGAACGCCCUUUCAAUUUUCCCAAUACCCUUACCAAGAUUGAUUUGAAGGAGAAAAUAGCCAAGAAUUGGUAUGAUGAAGGGGGAGUUCCAUCUGAACCCUUCUUUGUAGGUCAACCAGGAGCUGAAAAAGAAGAUGAUGGAGUGGUGAUAUCAUUAAUAAGUGAUGGAAAUGGUGAUGGAUAUGCCCUAGUUUUGGAUGGAUCAACAUUUACUGAAAUUGGUCGAGCUAAGGUACCGUAUGGAUUACCCUAUGGAUUACAUGGUUGUUGGGUCCCUACUCCUUAG